AUGAAAGCUUUAGGAACUGGUGAUGAAUUUGAUUACGAAAUAGGUAUGGAUACUAAUACUAUGGAAGACACUUGUGAUUUAACUGAGAAAUUAAAACGACUUAAAAGUACUGAAGAAUAUCCUCAUAAUGAUUUGAGAUUAGAUAAGACUACAGAGGAUUCUAAUGAUCAUUUGGAAAGUACUGAAAAUGCAAAGAAUAAAGAGACUGAAAAAGAUUUUGAAAAUGACUUAAUAAAUCAUGAAACUGAAAAUAACGAAAAUACUACAGAGUAUUUCCUUAAUGAUUACGUAUUGGGCAGUUAUUAUAACAGGAAUAAGUGGACGUACUACAUAGGGUACAUAGAAACCAUAACAACAAAGAAUUAUGAGUCCUAUUUCAUGGUUAGGUUUUUCAAAACAAUUAAAAAACCAAAGCUUGUUUUUAAAAUGACAAAAAAAAGAGAUCGAGAUGAGAUAACUGAAAUCUCAAUAGUGAAAAAGGUUCAUUUAACACAAAACCCUUUAAAAUCAAACGAAUAUCUGUUAUCUGACGAAGAUGAUAAGGUUUAUUUUUGA